GGAGGAGAGCUGCGGAGGUUAUGCCGACCCGGGCCGCUUCCGCGGAACACGCGGCCCGCUGAGCCGCGGCAUUACGUCGCGCACCGCCGACCGCGACUGACGUUCGCGCCAACUUCGCUCAAGUUGCGAUCCGCUACUCAUCUAUGUCCUAUCUCUUUAUCAGAGUCAUCAUUUUUAUCAUUUAUCAUUAUUGAUCUGAGAUGUGACGAAAAGGAAGAAACGAAAAAAAGAAAGGGGAAAACAAAACAAAAAAUUAAAAAAAAAAGAAAAGACAGGAGAUCAGUGAUAAAAUUAAUGAUAAUACAUAAGGAAACAAUAAGUCAGUUAAAUCAUUGUAAUUUAUGGAUUUAGGAAAACUUUCGAGUGUUCGGAGUGAUAUUGUGAAGGACUCCCCAGUGAGCCACGUGCUUUGUGAUUCCUGCGCAUUUAUUCUUUUUUUUCUUUUAUUUGUUUUCUUUCUUUCUUUCUUUCUUUCUUUUUUCCUUUCUUCUUUUUUUUUCCAUUAGUGACUAACGAUAACAGAAAGAUCCAAGAUACUUUAGUUAUUGUUCGAGCUUUGAUCAAUAAGUGAUUUAAUCGCUUUAUGAGAGAAAGAAGAAAGUCGAGGUGAGAUGGAACAAGGAGAGGUUUCUAUUCGAUUUUAAAAGAUGAACCAGUGAAUAUAAAGGAUGCGCUCGAUCGAAGAAGACGAAUGCGCGAGCGGAGGACAACGUGGAGGUACCUGUUGGUAGCAAAGUGGUGGUCGCUCGUCGACGGGUCGACUAGCUCGGCUCCGUCGGUAAGGUCCGCUUCAAGUAAAGGUCACGACGUCUCGCGCGGAGGGUACGUGUUUGGUGGGUGACGAGGAGCGGCUACUGGCCGAUGGGAUGCAUCUACCGGUGGGUUCCGUGGGCUGCGGGGAGAAUUACGGCACCGUCGGAUCUCAGGAAGGCGCCGGCCCGUGCGGUCCCUCCCUGGCACCCCUCCAAGGGGUCAACACCAGGUACCACCAGGGUGAGGACGGCGAAAACGGCGGUGGUGCCGGCGAAAUGAGUGAGGGUGCCGCCGUCGGCGAACUCUGGUGGACCGAGAGACUCGUCGGUGAGGCACAGGCUGAACAUCCCGGCGAACUCGUUAGAACAGGUUCGCCGUACUUCCUCUGCAGUCAAUUGCCAACUCAUUGGAGAUCCAACAAGACCCUACCAGUGGCUUUUAAAGUUGUAGCCCUCGGCGAGGUCGGCGAUGGAACCCUCGUUACUGUUCGCGCUGGUAACGAUGAAAACUGUUGCGCAGAACUACGUAAUUCGACUGCACUUAUGAAGAAUCAAGUCGCAAAAUUCAACGAUCUUAGGUUCGUCGGUAGAAGUGGAAGAGGAAAGAGCUUUAGCAUCACGAUAACCGUUUCGACGAGUCCACCUCAGGUAGCAACCUAUACCAGAGCGAUCAAGGUGACCGUCGAUGGACCGAGAGAGCCACGUUCGAAAACGAGACAACAGCAUCAACAAUUUCGAGCUCUUGGUUUGGGUCAGAGACCAUUCUUGGAUGCUCCGAGCUCGUUCACCUCCCACCUACGAGAACUGGAGUCGUACAGGAGGAAUAAGCAUCACCAUCAUCACAGCAGUCACUUACACGGACAACAGACUGGCAGCAACGUCACCGCGAAUUCGGUUAGCGGUGCCUGUUCCAACCCCAACAACACCGACCCAACCGCAUCGCCCGCUUCCAGUACACACCUCGGAGCUACCGGAGGAGGUUCCUCUAGUUCUGCUCAUCAGGAUUGUUACAAGCAUAGUCCUCAACACGGUGACACAAGUACGAGCACCACUGAGUGGUCUUAUCCAUCAACAACUCCUUAUCCAGCUCCAACAGUCAGUAGCGGUGGAUCGUACUCUCCUAUUCCAGGUGGUGCAUUCUCUUAUCCCGGUGAAUCCUUAUCACAUCAUCCAACAACGGAACCUGUACCGCUACCAACCGUUUUACCAUCCGAGAGUCAACAGGACACCUACACUCCAAACUGCGUUUCCAUGUAUUCCGGUCACGGAACUUCGUCAACAUCGUUGCCUCUGAUACCUGGAAAGCCCAAUGACCCUGAUAUCUUCGCAGGUGGUGGAACAGGAAGCGCAAGUCCAGGAUACCAUUAUGGUUCCUGGACACCUGGACCAGCUACACCAGUACCGGUCGCUUCACACAAUUACAAUCCUAAUUAUCAAGGAUAUUACAACAACCCAAGUCAAAAUUACAUAAGUCCGGCCCCGAUGGUACUAUAUCCGCAGCUCUACAGUACAGUUAAUCAGAAUCAGAUUCAUCUGCAUCUUCAUGGUGAUCUCAGCGACGAACAAGUAACAAUUGCUGGAGGAAACUUAACGAUCAGUAGCAAUCGUUUGGAGAUUGGAGUUCUAGGUGAAGAAAGCGAACAAAGGAACGACGUUUGGAGACCUUAUUAAAGGAUUUAAGGAUUUAAUAAGAUAUUGACAGUAAAUAACAAUUCGUUACGUGCGUUAAUCAUUAAUAGUGAAGAAUGUUGAUGUGAAGCUCGGAGAAAGUUAACGAUGGUUGAAAGUGCGUUUUUAGAAUAUUUUCUAUUCUCGAGAACUCUUUUGAAACAUCAACGUAAGUACAUAUGUACUCAUAAAUUUAUUCUAAGGAAAGGCUGUUAAUUAACGAGUGCUAAAAAAAAGAUAUGUUGAAGAAUUUAAUCGUUUCUUGUAUAGUGCGAGAUGUUGCAAGAAAGGGCAAAAAAAAAUGUUAUCUUAGACUAUCGUAAGGCAAUCUUGGAUCUGGUGUUAUUUUAAAGAAGACUGAGUACUCAGGAUAUCAGAUUUCAAGUAUUCUCAAGCUAAACGUGCUUUCUUUACGAUCUUAUCGAAAGCAGACAUAGAGUGAAUAAGUUUGCUCGAAGGGUAAAAAAAGAGAAGAAGAAGAAGAAGAAGAAGAAGAAGAAGAAGAAGAAGAAGAAUAGGAAGAAAGAAAAAGAAAAGUGUAAAAAGGGUAAGGCUUUUUGGUAGUAUGCGCGUCGUGAAUCGUUUUCAGCAAUAUCGUUCGUUCUCUCUUCGAUCGUAAAUUUGAGACGUCAGAGAACAGUCAGUGUAUGUAAGUAACUACUUAUCAAAUGAUGAGAAGGUAGAGUCAAAUAAUGUAACGUUGUAAAUAUACAGAUAUUUUCCAUGAAAUAAUAAAUACGUACCUGGAGAGUUCCUACGUCCCUAUUCGUGAUAAC